CAGGAAGAGAAGUUAAACUUCCAGAGAAACCCAAUGGACAGUCUCCACAACAGAUGGUAACAAAAACUCAUCCAGAUGGGGUGCAAGUGCUGUAAAAUGAUACAAAGCUAUCUCUUCGAUCCAGUUCAAGUGCCCUCCUCUGGCUACGUCAACGAGGUGAACAGCUGCAAGGUGGAUGAAGGGGGCGCUGGUAAAUGGAAAGGCAAACAGGGCAGCCAAGCCCCGGGGCAUCAAAACGAGCUGCAGAGCGAGGGCCUGAAGAGGACGGCCAGCAGGGGCAGAGCUGGCAGCGGGCAGGAGCCCCGCUGGCCUCCCCCGGGAUCGCCCCCUCUGGGGGACACGGUGGGGGGACCCUGCGCGGACAAGGCUGGCAGUGCCGUCAACGGCAUCGGCCCCACCGCCCCCCCGCAGCCCACUGGGGACCGUGGGCCCCACCAGGGCGAGAGGGGCUCCUGCGUCAGUACCGCCAACAGCGCCCCCCCGACUGCACCCUUCCGGGAAGGCUGGGGCCCCGGCAGACGGGACAGUGUGCUGCUGCCGGCCCUGCGAGAGACCCACGUCGUCCAAAGUGGGGACCCCAGAGCUGCUCUCAGGGCAGAAGGUCCUGCCUUGGAAGUACAAGACCACGACUUCCAGAUGCCAGCCCCAGAUUACCCUCCCCUUCGGGGCUCGGCUGGAGACACAGUUGACUGGGAAGAAAAGGACGGUCUUCCCGAGAGCCACCCUGAGGAGGGACCCCCGGCAGGCCUUCACCCCAGGGCGGGGGGACACGGCUUGAAUAUGCCCUUCCCCUUGAAGAGAAGCUGGGAUUCCUUAAAUGAGGCCGUGGCAACAGAAGCCCUAAGUGUCGGCUUCAAAGAAGAGGAUGCUGCUCAGGCCGUGCCCAGGGUCGAUUCGAGAACUGGGUGGGAGGGUGCGCCCGGCUCCACCGCAGACGGGAGUGGGGAUGCGGUGGACGAGGACGCGGCGGUGGCCGAAGCCCUUGCGGCUUUGGAAGCGGCCACUGCAGGAGAAGACGCGGAUGAGGCAGAUUAG